CAAAAGAAAAGUGACAAUUUCUCGCUGCCGUCCCUUCCAGCAAGAUGCGGCGACAAUAACAACACCAAACCCCGCACUCCCUCACUCUCUCCCAACACCAAAAAAAAAGAAAAGAAAAGAAAAGAAAAGAAAAGAAAAGAAAAGAAGAGAGAGCCCCCUCUUCAAUCACGCCCACCAUCUCUCAUCCCCCACCAUCUCACAAGCAGCAGCAGCAGCAGAAGAAGAAGAAAGAAACAAGCAGCUUUUGGAAACAAGCAAAUGCUGAUCCUCUUCUCUACCAAAGGGAGAAGCAGCAGCAGCAACAGAAUCAGAAUCAGAAGCAGCAGCAGCAGCAGCAGCAGCAGCAGCAGCUAAAAGUACCAUCUAAAUUUUCACGAUGGCGAGAUGCAGCAGCAGCAGCAGCAGCAGCUUGUUCUCGUCCCUCCUCCCCCGCCCCAACCCCCGCACCGUCGCCACCCUCCUCGCCGCCGCCUCCCUCUCCCUCCUCUCCUACCUCCUCGCCAUCUACACCUCCACCUCCUCAAUCACCUCAAUCACCUCCUCAAUCACCUCCACCACCUGCUUCCCCUCCUCCGCCGCCGCCGAUGCGGUGCCGGUGCCGGUGCCGGUGCCGGUGCCGGUGGUGCAGCUCGACUUCCUCCCCCACCACUCGGCCGCCGCGGCGCUCCCCUCCGUCCCCGACCCCGACCUCCCCCGCCCUCCCCGGCUCCCCUUCUGCGCCCCCAACUUCACCCACUACUGCCCCUGCCACGACCCCGCCCGCGAGCGCCUCUUCCCCACCCUCCACCUGCAGCACCGCGAGCGCCACUGUCCCCCCCUCCCCCUCCGCUGCCGAGUCCCCAGGCCCCCCGGCUACCGCGCGCCCCCGAGGUGGCCCGAGCGCCGCGACCGCGCCUGGUUCGCCAACGCCCCCUCCAAGCGGCUCAGCGUCGCCAAGGCCGACCAGAAUUGGGUCAGGCUCGAGGGCGACUGGCUCGUCUUCCCCGGCGGUGGCACCUCCUUCCCCGGCGGCGUCCGCUCCUACGCCGAUCAGAUGGCCAGGAUGCUCCCCCUCAAGACCGGCGAGGUCCGCACCGCCCUCGAUAUCGGCUGCGGCGUGGCUAGCUUCGGGGGCCAUCUGUUAAACUACAAAAUACUGACAAUGUCUGUCGCACCAAGAGAUGUGCAUGAGGCCCAAGUGCAGUUCGCACUGGAACGGGGCCUGCCGGCGAUGCUUGGAGUGCUAAGCAUUCACAGGCUACCGUACCCGUCUAGGUCCUUUGAUAUGGCUCACUGUGCGCGGUGCCUCGUUCCCUGGACUGCUCAUGAUGGCCUCUAUCUAUUGGAAAUUGAUCGGGUUCUCCGGCCUGGUGGCUACUGGGUUUUAUCUGGGCCACCCAUCAGUUGGCGAUCACUGUAUAAGGGCUGGGGAAGAACACGCGAGGACUUAGCUGCAGAACAGAAAGCUAUAGAGGAUCUUGCUAAACGACUCUGCUGGAGAAAGGUCGCAGAGAAGGGAACAAUUGCUGUAUGGCAAAAAGCCACCAAUCAUAUUCACUGUGCGAAGAAGGCAAAGAUGCUGAAAUCCCCAUCGUUCUGUUCAGGAACUGACUCAGAUAAUGCUUGGUAUGAGAAGAUGGAGCUAUGCAUAACUCCUCUUCCGAAGGUCGAGGUUAUUGAUGACGUAGCUGGCGGUGCUGUUGAGAAAUGGCCUAGAAGACAAAAUGCGGUGCCUCCGAGGAUAACCACUGGCAGCAUAGAGGGGAUGACUGUUGAGAUUUACAACCAUGACAAUAUGCUUUGGAACAAAAGGGUUUCGCACUAUGGCGCAUAUUUCAACACUCUUGCACAGGGUAAUUACAGGAACAUUAUGGACAUGAAUGCUGGUUUGGGGGGUUUUGCUGCUGCCUUGUUGAAAUACCCUGUUUGGGUUAUGAAUGUGGUUCCAGCAGUUGGAACGAACAAUACUCUCGGCAUCAUCUACGAGCGUGGACUUAUUGGAACAUACAUGGACUGGUGCGAGGCUUUCUCUACUUAUCCUCGGACAUAUGAUCUGAUACAUGCUAAUGGAAUAUUCAGCUUGUAUAUGGAUAAGUGUGACAUUCUUGAUAUCCUGCUUGAAAUGGAUCGCAUUCUUCGUCCAGAAGGGGCUGCAAUAAUCCGAGACCAUGCCGAUGUGAUAUGGAAAGUAGAGAGAGCAGCAGAACAGCUAAGUUGGCAAAGCCGGAUUGUUAAUAGCGAAGGUGGGCCAUUUGAUCCUGAGAAGCUUCUUAUUGUGGACAACUCUGUUGCCGCACUCGUAAAACAGAAAUAAUUUCCAAAAUGCAACACAAGCCAGGAAAUCCCUCUAUUCUCAACUUCCAUCAUCCAAAUGGUCAUAUAAUUUGACAGGAGUGCGCAAGGUAGAAACGAGGAUGAGGUGAGACUACACCUCGGACAUCUUAUGUGAUUUAGAUGUCAACUUCCAUGAUCAUAGUUUUCUUUUUUCCCGGAUACUAAGCAGAUUCUAUCGGGGUUUUCGAGAUUCGACAAUUGUGUCUCAUUUGUGUGCUUUUGGCUACUCUUACUGUCAUUGCCGGGUACUGGUUGUGCAGCAGUUACCCGAUGAGGUAAAUGCGGAGAGAGAUUACGCUUAUGCUUCUGCUUUGAUCGUUGAGAAUUGUUGGUGCUUGAAGAGUAACCAUUGAUAUUUCUAUUGCUGCGGUGACUGUACCACAGAGAUUAGAGUUAGAUUACAAUUUGGUUAAGCAUUUGUGAGUUGAAAUAUGUAAGCUUGUUUUGAUUUGUCUUCUAAUAAUUUCAUCUGUGUUGCAUCACUAAAAAUUUCACCGGUAUAAACAAAUAGAUGUUUUGGGUUUGUAUGAGUCUGCGAAUUUAAUAUCUUAUAUCUUACAAGGAAGAGGAAUUUAAA